ACAUUAGUGGCAGUAGUGAAUUGUGAUGAUGAGAUGCAUUCUCGUGUCACUAUUUUCGAUCUUCAAGUUUCACAUUUUAAUUCAGUUAUAAGCAGCAGAUCGACUUGACGAAACUGAAUAGUGUGUUAAAACUGAAUAAUAAUUAAUUAAAAAUUAUUAGUCUUUCGUCGUAACCGGUGUUGUUUGAUAAAAUUGUUAUGUUAUCGAAGACCAUGAAAACGGAUGUAUUGAAGCGAUAAUGUGAUAAUACGAUUUGAUUAGAAGAUUGUGAAUUAAUUGAAAAACUAUUUUGCAUAGAGAUCAGUGUUAAGUUGUCACCAUCAUGGAAAUGGAGACUGUCGGUGAUGUCGGGCUAGGGCUCCAUGAGCCACCUAAAUACGGCCUUAAAUAUUUACUAAACCAUGAAUUUCCUUUACAAAGCAAGCAAAUAAUUACACCCAGACCUAGUCAAGUAUUUGAAUUGAUGCCUUUGACUGCCAGGUAUCUGAAAUAUUACAUUGGAAAAAGAUUAAAUAAAAAGCGACCUAUAAUGGAUUACAUUCAUAUGGUAUCAGCUCUAAGGAUGUAUGGUUGUCCUAUUGGUGGUAUUGGUGGUGGUACUAUCGGCCGUGGGUUCAAGGGCGAAUUCUGCCGCUUUCAGUUAUAUCCUGGCAUAUAUGAGUAUGUGACGGUGCCUGAAUGCCAGUUCAUUGUAAACAUAAGGAAUGCUAAUAAUGAAACUAUAUUCCAGUCGGUUUUGUCAACAUAUAACAAACCUAAGAAAGCACCAGCUGCUUGGGAAUGGAAUUUGAAUGGCGCAGAAUGCGAGUAUACUGCUUUGUAUCCACGUGCGUGGACUACGUAUGAUCUGUCGAAGUAUGGGGUGAAACUUAUUUGCAGGCAAAUAUCACCCGUAAUACCGCACAACUACAAGGACAGUAGUCUACCGUGUGCCGUCUUUGUUUUCACCGCAAUAAACGUUAGCAAUGAGAAAAGAGAUGUUAGUAUUAGUUUCACAUGGACUGAAGUCCUGGGGGAUAACAAGAAGAAGUCUUUGGCCAAAUUAGAAUUAGAAAGGUAUUCGGAAGAAUCGACUUGUGGAGUUACUUUGGAGCAGAAAAUCGCUGAUACACCAUGCACUUUUACUAUAGCAAAGAGAAAAAAGGAAAACGAAACGAUCCACGAAGGUUAUUGCCUCUGGAACGCGUCUAAGACUUCCACUUACGUGUGGGAGUGUCUCAAGAAGAAUGGUCAACUAGCUCCAGAUCCGAGCCUAACUCCGCCGCCUCCAAAAUUGCCGGAUAAGAAGAAGAAUGACAAAGAAAAGAAAAAGGAAGAAAAAGAAAAGAGGGAGAAACAAAAGAAGCUUUAUAAAUGUGAUUCAAUAGCACUUUCAAGUGUUAUCUCGUUAGAUCCCGGGGGAACAGGGUCAACCGAGUUCUGUCUUGCCUGGGAUAUGCCUGUUAUACGAUACAAGAAAGAUACAAAAGUCUAUAAAAGAUAUUAUACUAAAUAUUUCGGUAGUGAUGGCAUAGCCGGUGCCAGCAUAGCUGCGUACGCGCUUAGAAAUUAUGACAAUUGGGAGAAACAACUUGCAGAGUGGCAAGAUCCUAUUUUGAAUAAUAGUAAUAUACCGGACUGGUUGAAAAGUGCCUUAAUGAACGAGCUUUAUUUCGUUGCCGACGGCGGCACGAUCUGGUUUGAUGUCCAUGAUGAAUUCCCGGAAACUGAUCCCAGGCAUGACUUUGGUUUGUUCGGAUAUUUAGAAGGCCACGAGUAUAGAAUGUAUAAUACGUAUGAUGUACAUUUUUACGCUUCUUUCGCGCUAGCUCAGCUGUGGCCUAAUUUGCAAGUUGUCUUACAGUACAUGUUCCGUGAUACUAUAGAACUAGAAACUGAGAAAUGUAGACAGUCUCUUUACGAUGGAAAAUCGGUAAAGUUUAAAAUAAAGAAUUCUAUCCCGCAUGAUCUUGGUGAUCCAGAUGAUGUUCCAUUCAACCACAUAAACGCGUACGUCAUACAUGACGUCAGUGAGUGGAAGGACUUGAACAUGAAGUUUAUAUUACAAGUGAUUCGGGACUACCGACUGCUGAGAGGGCACACCGCGCCGUUCGGCAACGAAAGGUAUCGCUCCAUGGCGUUUAUAGACGACAUUAAGGAGGGCACCGAAGACGACCUGUAUUCGCGGUCGACGGGACAGGCAGAUGACGUCGACGGAACGACGGACGAGAGCGGACCGACCACGGAGCAGUCGACGCCUGUUGUGGAAGAGCGGCCGUACGGGGUGGGGGAUAUACUCGAGCUGUUGUACAGGAGCGCGGAGGCGGAGGCGGCGCCGCUGGACGCGCGCCUGGCGCCGCGCGCGCCCGCCGCCGCCGUGUGGGACGCGCGCCGCUACCUGGCCGACAUGCUGCCGCUCUGCGCCGCGCUGCUGCGCCGCUCGCGCCUCUGGGACACCGACAACGACGGCCUCAUCGAGAACAGCGGCUUUCCCGACCAGACCUACGACGCUUGGGUUAUGUCCGGGCCUAGUGCGUACUGUGGUGGAAUGUGGGUAGCUUCGUUGAGCGCAGUAACGGCGAUGGCCCGCAUCCUCGGUCGCGAGGAGGAAGAACGAGAGUUUAGCAAGCUACUGGAGCAAGCUCGGCAUUCGUUCGAAGAAAAACUGUGGAACGGAUCUUACUACAAGUUCGAUACACGACCGUCUAACAGCAAAGUUGUGAUGGCUGAUCAGCUAGCAGGACAUUGGUUCUUACGCUCAUCUGGAUGGACCGAACAGAUCUUCCCCGACAGUCACGUUCGUAAAGCACUCCAGACGAUUUACGAGAACAAUGUCCAGAAGUUCAAAGGCGGGAAGAUGGGGGCUAUUAAUGGCUACGUGACGGGUCCGCGCGGACACGUGGACACGACGGCGCUGCAGAGCGAAGAGGUGUGGGUUGGAGUCACGUAUGGGCUAGCUGCCACUAUGAUAUAUGAAGGCAUGCACGAGGAGGCCUUCGUCACUGCCGGGGGCCUGUACGACACAUUGACCAAGAGUGGUCUCGCAUUUGAAACGCCCGAAGCUUUAUAUGAGAACGGUAACCAUCGUUCAGUGGGCUACAUGCGCCCCUUGUCCAUAUGGAGCAUGUACCAAGCCAUCAUUGCCCGUCCACCCCCAACACAACCGGUGGCCAACGGGCAACCACACCAUACCAAAGAAAAAACAACCUUAUAGUGACUCCAUAUGAAACAAGUUUGUACGUAACAUUUUUUACAUCGGCAAGAACUGAAUUUACAAUUGUAAUUUUAUGCCGUUCCAAAACUACGGUAAAUAGAUUGGCUAGAAUUGACCCCCUAAGAUGAUGUACUUACGUAUUUUAUAUGGACUCGAAUUAAUUUCGAACAAUGAGAUUGUCGAAUUGUUAAAGCUUCACAAUUAUUGUAUUGCCUUAGAGGCGUCGAUGCACGUUACGUUUAGAUAUAUAAAAUCGAUGGUAAUACACUAAAAAUAAUGAAGUAUCAUUAUUUAUUUAAAUUAAAGGCAAUAAAAUUACUUUUAAGCAUUUUGUAUACCUAAAUUAGAUUUUCUAAUUAUGAAUUGUAGUAACUUACCUUCUAUUUCUGUGUUUGUCAUUGUGAUAUUUUAUAUACUAGGGGCUAGGACUACAAUGUCCUUUCCUAUUUUGUUUGGCUGACGAGCUAUGUUAAAUCAAUGAGGCACUAAAAUUAUUUGCACUGUAUGAGCAAAUUUUUGUUUGCGACGUCAGCUAUAUUUAUUUACCAAUAUUUACGAUACUCAUUCAGUAACUAGCGCCAUCUAUCUUUAAUACAACGCGAAUAAUUGCUUUCUUAAAGCCAAUUGUAAACAGCAGCUAAUAAAAAAGUACCUUAACAUCUGCUUGCACAACUCUUUCUGUGAGGUUUGUACACACGACUGAAUCACCCACAGACCAGUAAAGACGAUAGAUUGAUGCUUUUAAUUUAUUCUAAAAAGAAGGAGCCACUUUAGAUAGGCUGUCUUUCACGCUCUUGAUUUGAUGUCAUGCGCUUAUAUUUUGACCACUUACAAAGGAACACAAUCUUAGCUUAAAUCGAUAACUGGUUUUGUUUGUGAGCUCCUAGUCUUAUCAUAUUCCUUGGUCUGUGGAAUAAUGUUGUUUCUCCAUGAUACGGGUCCUACAAUGAAUACAACUCACGAUAUGAACGUGUGAACUUCUAAAUGUUGUGUACAUGAACGAGUAUCUUCAAUGUAAUUUGUAGUAACGCAUAUUAUUCUAACAUUAUACGUAAUAAUAUGAAACGUACCAAUGAACUUCGUAAAAGUAUUAAAUUAAUUAUGUUGAAAUAUGUUGAUUAAUUAGCGAAAUUUAUGUGCAUUUUAUUAUGCUUAUAUUAAUUUAGUAUUAGACAAAUUUUGUCUCAAUAUUAUUUAAUUUAUUCUCGGUUUAUUUGAUUAUAUAAUAUAUGGAUUGUAUUUGUACUUUGGCGGCUUACUUAAUGUCUGCAGAAGUAGGUGCCAAAUUAAAAUACUAAAUAAUUAAAA